AUGGCUUCAUUUCCCACGUGCACAUGGCCUCAGUGCACACGUGUCCCUCAUCUUGCUCCAUCCGUUACAGUCACGCAGUUUCCCCGCAAUGCCAAUGACAGACGUCGCAUCAGGGCGACUGCGAGCAGCAGCGGGAAGAGCGGAGGCGGAAGCGCAGGGGGACGCGGAGGGGGAAGAGAGGGGAAGGGGGGAGAUGCGGAGUGGGUAACAGGGGGUUCGUGGUUCGAAUUUGACACCGAUUCCCUCGCCGUGACGUCAGCUCCGCCCGACGAUGACGUCAGCCUGACUGGCGAUACCAGGGACACGCCUCGACCGUCGGAUCCGAAAAUCAGCGCCAAGCCCUCCGCGGGGGAGGGGGGGGGCUCUGGGCGGCAAGAUCCGUCGGACGCGGGCGGCUCAGCGUCAAGGUCGGCGGCUGGAGGGCGGCUGGGCGGCAGGUUGGGCGGACGGCGCGGCGGCAGGACCGGCGGGGACCGCGGCGGCAGGACCGGCGGGGACCGCGGCGCACGGGGCGGGGGGAGGGGCGGGGGAAGGAGCGGGGGCUUGAAAGACGCGGAGCUGGCGGAAAUCAUGGCGGCGGUUAGGCGAGCGGACGCGGGGGCAAGAGAGGGGGAGCGGGGGGAAGAGUGGGGGGAAGAGUUGGGGGCGAAUGGCGGAGGAGGCGGGGGAACGGGGGACGUGGAGCGAGUGAGAGAGGUGCAUUUCAGCGGAUGCAUUAAUGAGUCGUACGCUAUAAGCUACAGGCGGGGGGAAACGGGAGGGGAGAGGGGGGACGGUGGAGAGAGGGGUGGGGAAGGGGGAGAUGGGGGCCUGAGGACGCACGUUCUCCCAUUUUCCAGCAUCAUCCCUCUGUUCCCUCCGUCCGUCCCCAUGCAUUCGCCCAUGCCUUUCCCUAAACCCCUCUCCUUUAAGCCCCUCUCUCCAUGCCUAAACCUCAUUCACAGCUUCUUCGUUUCCCCCAUCUUUCCACAUCCCUAUCACCCAUCCUUCCUCAUCCCUAUCACCCAUCCUUCCUCAUCCCUAUCACCCAUCCUUCCUCAUCCUAUCACCCUUCCUUCCACACCCCCCUCGCCUGCCAGCCUGUCAGCAAUUGCAGCAACGGAGACCGUGCGAGUGCCUCAGCCAAUCCUCCUACUUCCCACCCCUCUCCACCCCUCUCCACCCCUCUCCACCCCCAUCCCCCCCAUCCCCAACCCCUCCCACUCCCCCUCGCCUGCCAGCCUGUCAGCAAUUGCAGCAACGGCGACUGUGCGAGUGCCUCAGCCAAUCGCAACAGGGGACUUUCGAACCGCCUCCUCCUCCUCCUCCUCCUCUUCUCCCCCCUCCUCUGCCACUACCCCAAGCAACGAGGCGCACCGGGGAUCAUUCAUAAUCAUGGAGCAUUUGCAGCUGCGACCAUUCGCCAUGAUGGAUCCGGCCAAUCAGGAGCAGCUAGGCCGGUCACUGGCACAGCUGCACCUCGUGUCAUCUGCCAUGCCUGGGGUUCAGUUCGGUUUCAACUCGCCCACACGCCUGGGCGUAAUGCCUCCAGUCAACACGCCCCUCUCGUCCUCCUGGUCACGCUUCUUCCUCACCCACCGGUUACAAGACCGGCUCGACCGAGUUCUGGCUAGGUUCGGUGACGAGGCUCGGGAGCUUCAAGACAUCGUCCCGAGCCUGGUUGAGGCGUCUGAGCGGAUCCUGACAACCGAAGCUAUGGCGGACGUUCGGCCGAGCCUGCUUCAUGGAGACCUUUGGGUGGGCAACGCGGGGGUGCUUCGAUCGGGCGAGGCUGUGAUGUUUGAUCCAGCAGGCUUCUUUGGGCACUCUGAAUUCGAUCUCGCUUUUCAAGGUUGGAAGCCCGCGCCUGGCUUUCCUGGCUUCUCUGACUCAUUCUACGAUGCGUAUCACCAAGUGAUUCCCAGGGCGGCGGGGUUUGAGGAGAGGCAGAGCGUGUACCAGCUGUUUCACCUGCUAAACCACGUGCUCAUAUUGUUAAAGGAGGGGCAGUGGUGCGUGUUUCUGAGAAUUCUCAAAAACCAGCCGCAAGAGACCUCCACUUCCCCCCACCUCCUGCUUCAGUCAGAUAUCAUCGACCUCAUACUCCUGCGUCGACUCGAGCCAUCUUUGCAGGAGCGCCACUCUCAUCGCCACUUCAGCCGCCUCGUUCCCUCUCUGCAACACAUUCCCACACCUCCUGCUUCAAUCAUCCACCUCAUACUCACUCGUGGACUCAAGCCAUCUCUGCAGGAGCGCCGUUCGCAUCGUCACUUCAGCCGCUCCACUCCCUCUAUUCAGCACAAGGACAGUCACCAGUUGGUCUAA